UUGAGGCCACUGCGCAUGUGCAACGCUUUCAUCUCUUCUACCAACACGUGCACUCAGCUGCAGCUAUGAAAAGUUCAUUUUCCCCUAACUUGGUUCGGCCUAACCUGCCCUUGAGGAAACCAUCAUCGAGCCCCAUGGCUCUUUGCGCCGCAUCGCUUCCGAGACAGCUCAUCAUGCCCGCUGCAACACCUGAGCGGCUGGCGUUAAGCGCCAUCGGAGACGGUCCCAUUAAUUCACCAACCAUUAUGGAUAAAGCUGCAGUGUUAGGAUCAAUGCCACCAGCACUGACUGUAUACUUCUGCAACUACUGUGGUCAACAAGGGAAUUUUCGGUGCAAGCGCUGCAAGAAGACGCCUUACUGCUCUGUGGUAUGCCAGACGGAAGACUGGAAGGCACACAGACACUUGUGCAAGCCCGUUGAUCCAGAACCUGCAAAAGAGAAUUCAAAGGACGCCACUGCUUCGUCAGUGAUAGCAGAUAGCCUGGUGGAGUCAAAGCAUGGUGAUGCAUCCAGCUUCCAGAGGGUCUAUUUGAAGGACUUGCAGAAGACUAAAGCCGUUAAGGAAGCAGACAUGCAGGCAACAGUUGUGGAGUUCUACAGCCCCAGCAGGUUUUUUCUCCUCACCCAAAGCCCCGAGAUCCUUGAAGCUCUGCAAAGCAUCAGCACAGAGCUUCAGAAAACCUACAGUUGCCCCUCAGUGACGACACAUGUACCUUGUGUUGGGGAGGUUUGCGCAGUACAGUUCUCCUGUGAUCUGAACUGGUACCGAGGCCUGGUCAAAACUUUGGCUGCCGACCAGAAGACAGCCAAUGUCCUUUACAUUGACUUCGGCAAUGAGGAAGAUGUCCCUGUGGACAGGAUCAGACCCCUGGCUGCCAAUUUGAAGCCAUUUUGUCCAUGUGCAAUUGAGUGCUGUAUUGCUGGGGUGGUGCCAGUGACUGGCAACUGGUCAGGCGAGUGUUGUAUUGCAGUGAGGCAGCUGUUGACCGGCAAGGCAGUGACUGCGACAGUGGUGGAAACGCUAGAGAAUGGUCGCAUCCAUGUCGUGGACAUCCUGCUUUCCAUGGGAAAACAGCUCAGCACGUUCCUGCUUGAGCAGGGCUACGCAGCAGAGGAAACAGUCAGUGUUACACCAACUGAGCAGGAAAUAAAUGCCAUGGUGAGCGCAUCCUUGGAAAACUUCAAGCGUCUCUCCGACGGGAAGGAUGCCAACACCUGGGCUCAGCCGCCGGAGCCACUGACACAGGCAGUGGGCGACUCCUUCACCGUUGUGGUCACCCACUUCCAGUCACCAAAUGAAAUUGUCGUGCAGAAGGUGGAGAACGCUGGAGUGAUUCAGGAGUUGCAGUUGAAGCUGAGGGAACACUGCUGUCAGGUCCCGGACCCUCAGAACUUCAGACCAGCUCCUGGCACUGUUUGCUGCGCCCAGUUCUCAGAGGACAAGCAGUGGUACAGAGCUAAAGUGCUGGCGUAUUCCUCAGAGGAGCGCGUGUGUGUCGGAUACCUUGACUUUGGUAACUCCGAGGAGGUAGAUUUAGGCCAGUUGCGACCUAUCAGCACUUCACUCCUGGCCCUUCCCAUGCAAGCUAUGCCUUGUGGUUUAGCAGGGGUGCAGCCCGUUGGGGAGAGCUGGUCAGAGGACUGCCUGUUGGCCCUGCAACGAAGGGUAUCAAACAGAAUACUGCGCAUUGAGAUCCAGGGAGCGCACGAUGGCAAGGCCUUGGUGGCUAUGAUUGAUGAGGCCAGUGAUCCUCAGGCCAACGUAGCCGAGCUGCUGAUCUCUGCUGGUUACGCGGCUCCUGCUCCUGUUAACACCAGCGGUGACCAGCAGGCUGACCAGGCAACUGCUGCUGCUGCUGCUCCUGCAGAACCACAUGUGUCUACUCCAGUCGGUGAGCCCCUGUCGUGGUCUUGUGCUGAGCUUCCCAGUGAAGGCCAGACAGUGGCGCUGUUAGCCAGCGUCGUGGAGAACCCAGGAGAGUUUUUCUGCCGCAUUGACAAUCCUACAGACCACGAGCGGCUGAUAGAGCUGGGGAUUGAACUGAAGCUGCAUUGUGAGGCAGAUGUCUCACCUUUCGUGCCCAAAGUGGGAGAGCCCUGUUGUGCCAUGUUUCCUGGUGAUGGAGCCUGGUAUCGUGCGACGGUAAAGGAGCAGUCUGAAGAUGAUGUGGUGGUGAACUUUGUGGACUACGGUUAUAGCAUGAAAGUGGAAAAGAGCCACCUUAGAUCCAUUACACCCCAACUCCUGACACUCCCCUUCCAGGCCAUUCGCUGCUGGCUCACAGGUGUGGAGCCCCUAGGUUCAGAGUGGAGCAGUGAAGCCCUACUCUGGUUCCAGGCUCUUGUGGAUGGCGAGAAGCUCUCUGCAUGUGUCCGCUCCAUCACUGAAGAAGGCUACGGCGUAGAGCUGGAGAGCAGAGGGCAGAACGUGGCAGCUGCCCUCAUUUCUGAGCAACUAGCCAAAGCCCCCGGAGAGAUUCCCAAAGAGACGCAUGCAAACACAGCCUCUGGAGUAAAACAGCAAGAGAGCGAAAGCCAAAUACCGGUGCAAGCCUCCAACCAGACAGGCAGUUCGAAGGAGAUGCCAAUUAAAGAGCUUACUGUGGCAGCACCAUCAGCUCCGUCUUUUCCAGCGGACUGGAAGACAGAGGAGCUGCCUCUCAACGAGACCUUUCAACCUUGCAUCGCAGCCGUCACUAGUCCUUCCCUGUUCUACCUGAUUGCUCCCAGCCGGGUGGACCAGCAGAAGCUUCAGGAGGUGAUGAUGGAGCUGGCUGCCUACUGCAGCAACAACCAGGCCUCUUUAUCCUCCUCCACUGUCCAGAGCAAACUCGCCCCAGGGGCUGCCUGUUGUGCCCAGUUCUCCGCUGAUAAUAACUGGUAUCGUGCUGUGGUCCUGGAAGUGGGUGAGAAUGAGAUGAGUGUCAUCUACGCAGACUACGGCAAUACAGAGAAGGUGCCAGUCUCCCGAAUCUUGCCCAUCCCCAUGCACCUGCUGCAGCUCCCCUUUCAGAUCACCCGCUGCACCCUCACUGGUAAAGAACUCUUUCCCGCCGAGUGGCCAGAGGAGGUGCAGCAGAUGUUUAAAAGCCUGCUAACGGAUGGCGUCCUCGCCACCGUCCAGUCCUUCGAUGGCUCUGCUAACAUCCUUUCACUGACUCUGCCCGCUGAGAGCGGCGGGGGACACGUCACUUCCAUGAUCUUGGGUGCACUACAGGCCGACACCAAGAGUAAUCCUUGCCCAUCCAGCACGGUGAAGACUGACAGCAGCACAUCCACUACCAACACUACAGCUGACCCUGACUGCCCCCAGCCCAGGUCGACACCUGAAACCCAAAAGGUGCUGGAAACUACAACGGCUACCAGUGGCCCAAACAUAACCUCAGAGCCGACGCCCCGGACUCCACAGCAGAAGAAAAACACUUCUGCAGAGUCUGUCAAUGAAGAUCCAGUACAGAAGAUUAUUGAACAAAUGGAGCCACCAUGCAGGAUCAAUACAAAGACUAAUGACCCUCAGACGUCUGGCUGCUGCUGUCUGAGCCUGAAGACUAAGAUUGACCACCUGGAACAGUUGAUUCAACUGCAGCUUUCUCUCAUCAAGGAGUUAGUGGGACAGACAAAAUGAUUUAUACUCCUCUUCGCCAAUUUGUUCAAAUCAAGUUGGUUGUUUUUUUCGGACCAUAUUUCUUUAACACAAGUUCACUCUGAAUGUGGCCUCCAGAAACCGCCACCCAGCUUGUAAUUUAAUUUAUUUUAUUUGUGUGCCCUCAUUAGAGAUCUUACACUAUGUUCAGGGCUUUUAUGUUUUUAACCUGUGGUUUAAUUUCAGUCACUACUUCACUUUUUAGGUUUUAAAAUGUUGAAUGCACUUAUUAGGUUUGCCUGUUAAAGUUGGCAGAAAAAUCAGCAGCAAGAGGUGUUGAAACUCAAUUAUCCAAGUGUGUAUUUGUCUCCUGUAAGUGUGCUGUCGUGCAUGCUGUGCUGCCAUCUGUUCCUUUGUUCAGUCCUAAUCACCUGUUCAGGUGGGAUGUCCAGCCUGAUUGAUUUUGUGUUUGACAUGUGUUUCAGUUUUUACAUAAAGGUUCUGUGACAGGAAAA